AUGGAGAAUGGCAGCGGAGUUAUAAACCUGAAGGCUAUGGAAGAUGCAGACGGCUUCCUGGGUCGUUUGAAGCCCGUGGCAGCAGGCAGUGUGGUCCCGGUGGACACAGAGGUCCUCCUGUCCUUCAGCCCCUGCCAGCAUUUCUCCCUGCCGGAUGACUUCACAGGAAGUGACUGCACCGAUGUCGCAGCAUGCCUCAUUGUCAGGGAUCACAGGCUCGGCGGACACAUCAGCCAGUAUAUCAACUAUGGAAACCAUGAAGGGAACGAGUUCUACUACAACGACACACUAAAGCUGCUGUCUGUCUCCUACUUUGCUCACAACAAGCUCCCAAUGACAGUCGUGCAUUACCACUGUAAUCCAAAUCAGUCCAUGUCUGUCAACCAAGAGCAGAGCCUGAGCAGCAGGGAGCCCCUGCAGAUCUGGGUGGAGAGCCUCUGUGCUUGUCCAAAUGCCUGUGCCGUGGGAGACCUGGGUGUAGGCACCAUCUUCCUCAUCAUCCUCUCCUUCAGUGCAGCUGCAUACUUCCUCCUUGGCUCCUGUGCACUGAGACCCUUUCGCAGCAGCAGUGGUGCCCAGAUCUCUCCAGAGCACAGCGUGUGGUGCAUGAUCUGCUACCUGUUUGCCGACAGGAGGCCAGCAAGAAGACGCGACACAGAUGCGACAGAUUGCACGCAGGACGCCGAACACUGCAGCUCGCCUCGGCCUGGCUCUAUUCUACAGUGUGCUUAAAGCACAAUGAGAAGAAUCACACACCUCUUACAGAACAAGUCAGACCCUACAGCUGAUUUGUUGAAUGCUUAAUAAAAGACACUUUAACACUAACAACCAGCAGUGACGAUAGCAAUAACAUGCUGUCACCUUAAAAGGAGAACUUUAACUUGAGCCAAGAAGUUUUUCUUUGUACAAUUAACAAAUCAAAGGAAAAAGAAAAGUAACUCCAGCUCAUUCAUUUUCCACUGCUGCUGGAAUAAUUGGGACUUUAAACUGAGAAUAUUCAGUCAAUCAAGAGCUUUGAUGUGAAAAUGCAUGUUUGGGUUGCCUUUUUUAUUGAGCCACGAGAUGGCAGUAAUUUACAGGAUGGAUGCAAACAGUCAUGAGAGAAACUUGGCAGACGCUGUUUUAGCUGUAAUGAAAGAAAGGACUGACGGUACUUGAGAAAUGAAUGAUCGAACACUGCUCAUCCUGCUUGUCCUGACAGAAGGCUGCUGCUUUAGAGAGGAGAGUGACUGAAAAACAGGCUCACUGAGUCCCUAUUGACUCUCAUGUUAAAAGACUAAAGUACAGCAAUAACCUGUAACUUGGCCACUUGGGUUUAUAAAGCCUUAAAGUUAGAACAGUGACUACAAUAACCACCAGGUGCACCAACAGCAGCAGCUGAUAGCGGACUGCCUGUCAGCAGACAACCACGGACUGUGUACUUUGGAUCAUUUGUUUCCAGAAGGACCGCUGACGCAGAAAAAUCCCACAUAGUUAUUAUAAACACAAGUAAAACAAAUGAGUUAUUUGUUUUAUAUACUAAGAAACAAACGUCUUUAACGAGACAAAAUAAUACACAAAUUCUUCUUUCUAUUCAUUGAUGGCUUCUCAGUUAUUACAACACAAAACACAUAAUCAGGUAAACUGAAUAAUCAUGAGUCCUAAAUCAGUCCAACAUCCGUGUGGAUGGAAGAAAAGCUGAAUGUGGAGCAUAACAAAAUAA